CCCCUACCUCUGCUCCACCAACGCCGCCACAACGAGGGAGAAAACGUUGCUACCUCCGAGGUUAAUCUCGAUUGUCGAGGCACUUGCGCGCGCGUGGCGUGCAUCUUGGAUGGGUAGCAAAAGCCAACACGGACGGACGUGGUCGGCAUCGACGCGGCACCUACACUAUGCAGUGUCAAUGCUACGUGCGUGCUCCCCUUGGGCUCAGGAGUCCCCUGUGCUCUCACCGGCAAGCAGUUCCUUUCCUCGCAAGAGAUGAAGUCUCCAUCACGGCAUCCGGACUCACCCCAUCCAUGCCAACGCCAACGCCAACGCCAACCCCACAAAGAUUCUCGAAGAAGUCAGAAGAUCGACGUCACCCACCACCGUUCGGCAAACCACGCAAACCAUGCACAACGGCACGCAACCACCUAGCUAAGAACUCAUACAUAUACAUACAUACACAUAUACGUACAAGAACCUCCUACAGUCUCCCCUUAUCACCAUCAAACAUCUUCCAAUGCGCUCUCUCAGGGCGCUCCAGGAACCAAGAUGAACCACCAAGGCGAAAAUUCUGUUCGAUUUCAAUAUCAGCGCUGCGGCUGUACCUUUUGUUGAUGCAGCUCCGGAGGGUGCUUUGCUGAUCUUGUGCGCUAGGGCGGUGGUGUUGUUGUUCGUCGUCGCUGUUUGCGGGUGAUGGUGGACAGGGG